CCUGUCAUAGAAUGCAACGAUUCCUGUCUUUGUAGCAUAUAUUGCUGGAAUCGAGUGGUGCAACUAGGUUCUUCUGCAAAAUUAGAAUGCUUCAAAACCCAAUCUAAAGGUUUAGGUGUAAGAACUACAGACAAAUUAAUAGCUGGUCAAUUUGUCUGUGAAUACCUUGGACAGGUUGUUAGUGUCCAUGAAGCUAAAAGUAGAUUCUCUCAAAGUGAUCUCACGAAGCCUAAUUAUCUCCUUGUUUUAAGAGAACACAUUACAAAUUUUUCUAAUCCUCAUAUUUUAAUCACUUGCAUUGAUGCUACUAAAUUUGGUAAUAUUGCCCGCUUUAUCAAUCACUCUUGCAGUCCCAAUCUAUUGGCAAUUGCUGUUCGAAUCAACACUAAUGUGCCUCAUUUGGCUUUUUUUGCUAAAAGAGAUAUUGCACCCAACGAAGAAUUAACAUUUGAUUACGCUGGUGGUUAUCGGGACAAUUAUAAACAAGAAACUAGUCACGGAAUUAAAUGCUUGUGUCAGAGUGAGACAUGUUUCGGAUACUUACCCUAUGAUCAAAUGCUAUUUGACGAAUCGAAGUAG